GUGCGUUCGUUAUUUUGGUCUGAGUUCUCCGAGCUUGACUUUACCGUUCGUUUAUUCAAAAAGUGUACUCGGUGUAUCCUCAUUCGCGUUCGUUUAUUAAAAUUUCUGGCACUUUUAUACAGGGUUCAACUGCUCUGUUCGCUCGCUGGUCACGUGGUUACGGCUCCGCUCUGCACGCUCUGCUCUUCGAGCAAAAUACCGAACGCAAGGAUAGAAAGGUCCGGCUCUGUCUACUAGUAGGGUACUAUAGUACUAACCUAAAAUAUUCUAGUAUUUGUUUUGUUUACUUGUGUUAGUUUUGUAGUUUGUGCCUGCAAUUUCCAAAUUACUUUAGUGCAAAUUGCAUAUGUAUACAUAUACAUAGUAUAGAAAUUACAAAUGAAUGAAAAGGUCUGUGAUUGGAACAUGAACUUAUUUUCAAAAUAGAUUGAAAUAGACUAGAUCGCUAGAGCGCAACCCAAACUAGCUGGGUUCUGGUUUUAUUUUAGUAGUUUUAGUAAGUACCCUCAGUGGCCUCAGUACCCUCACACAAAACGGUGUAAAAGUUACAGAGAAGUGUGAAGUUCAGUGACCUGAAAUCAAAUACUAGUGUUUAGCAAAAUUGCCUUUAUAUACUCAAGUACCUAGAUGAAACUGAUAAUGAAUCAAUUCAAAAAUAAAAUGGAGGUGCCUGUUGAAGGGUGUACCAGUACCUGUACCAAUGUAUGUGAGUGCAAUGACCAUUAUAGCAAACGUGAUGAAGCAUUUAAAUUCAAAGUCCCACCUGAAGCUCCAGUUUUUGAACCUACAGAGGAAGAAUUUUUGGACCCUUUAGCUUACAUUGCUAAAAUUAAACCCAUUGCAGAAAAAACCGGGAUAUGUAAAAUUAAACCACCAGCGAAAUGGCAACCUCCGUUUGCUGUAGAUGUGGAUAAGUUGAGGUUCAUUCCGAGGAUACAAAGGCUUAAUGAAUUGGAGGCAACGACACGGGUAAAAUUGAAUUUUCUCGAUCAAAUAGCUAAAUUUUGGGAGUUGCAAGGAUCAUCUCUGAAAAUUCCUAUGGUAGAAAAAAAAGGUCUUGAUUUAUACACAUUACAUAGAAUAGUAAAACGUGAAGGUGGUUUUAAUGAAGUUACUAAACAAAGGAAAUGGACCAAAGUAUCAAUUCAUUUGGGUUACCAAAUUGGCCAGAAUGUUGGACCAAUUCUGAAGCAGCAUUAUGAAAGGUUAAUAUAUCCAUUUGAUGUUUCUAAAGAAGGAAAAAAGGUUCCUAUAACCAUUGAAAUCAAUGAGGGGAGGCGGCAUGAAAUACCUACAGAUAAAGACUAUAAACCGCAUGGCAUUGUCAAUCGCAUGGCGGUGAAGCCCCCAUCAGUUAAUAAUUCUAGAAGACCUAAAAGAUUUAAGACCACUGAAAGUGAUAAGACUGAAAUAGAACUUGAAAUCAAAGAACAAAUAUGUGAAGAAGCUAAGAAUAAGGGUGAUGAUACGGAUGGUGGUAAUAAAGAUAAAAGUAAUGAACUAAAACGACUUCAGUUUCUUGGAGCUGGGCCCAAAAUAGCUUUAUAUGACGAAAAAAUAGAAUUUAAACCCAGAGCCAAACGUCAUAUUGCAUACAAUGUUGAUCCAUUAGCAAAAUAUAUCUGCCGUAACUGUAACUGUGGCGACACGGAAGAAUACAUGCUGCUAUGCGACGGUUGUGACGACAGCUAUCACCCUUAUUGUUUGAUUCAAUCAUCAGCAACUAUUAUCUCAAAAGGUGAUUGGAUGUGUCCCAAUUGUGUUGCAGAAGAAGUAUCUAAACCUAUGGUAGCUUUUGGGUUUGAACAGGCCGAGAGGGAAUAUACUUUACAACAGUUCGGAGACAUGGCUGAUAGUUUUAAGUCAGAUUAUUUUGAUAUGCCAGGUCAUAUGGUUCCAACCAGUACGGUUGAACGGGAAUUUUGGCGCAUUGUGUCUACAAUAGAUGAGGAUGUGAUGGUAGAAUAUGGAGCCGAUUUACACACGAUGGAUCAUGGGUCUGGGUUUCCUACAAAAUUAUCUUCAAACCUUUUGCAAGGGGAUAAAGAAUAUGCGGAAUCCAGUUGGAAUUUGAAUAACUUACCUGUACUUGAUGGAUCAGUUUUAGGUUAUAUUAAUGCUGAUGUAUCAGGAAUGAAGGUUCCAUGGAUGUAUGUUGGUAUGUGCUUUGCAACAUUUUGCUGGCACAACGAAGAUCACUGGGCCUAUUCUAUUAACUAUCUUCAUUGGGGUGAACCUAAAACAUGGUAUGGAGUUCCAGGUAGUGAGGCGGAAAAAUUUGAAGAAACGAUGAAAUCGGUAGCUCCCGAAUUAUUCCAUUCUCAACCGGAUUUAUUGCAUCAACUCGUCACAAUUAUGAAUCCAAAUAUUCUUAUGAAUGUUGGUGUACCAGUUUACAGGACCGAUCAGCAUGCUGGAGAAUUUGUUGUUACUUUUCCGAGGGCUUAUCAUGCAGGAUUCAACCAAGGGUAUAAUUUUGCUGAAGCAGUGAACUUUGCUCCUGCGAACUGGUUGAGAAUGGGUAGGGAAUGUAUGCUACAUUAUUCACAUUUAAAGAGAUUUUGUGUAUUUUCCCACGACGAGCUUGUUUGCAAAAUGGCGCUGGAUAAUGAUAAGCUGGAUUCAGCUGUUGCAGCUGAAACCUAUCAGGACAUGCUUGUUAUGAUGGACACUGAAAAGAAAUUACGGAAAACGCUACUUGAUUGGGUGAGUUGACUUACUGUAAAUUUAAAAUCUGGAAUUUGUUUCCACAUCAAACACAGGGCCGAUCCUAGCAGCUAUGGGAUCACGAAACUCGAUCCCGUUCAAUCGAGCAAUCGUCUAUCGAGUCGACAAACUCAUUCAUGGUGUUCGAUCGAGAGGAGAAUCGAGAAACUCGAUUCGAUUUUUUUUUUGGACACGCUCUGAAACUUAGUGAGCAAGUGCCAAGGACAAAAAGACCAAAAACAGAAGAAAAUAUAAACAUGCAUUUUCUUGGGUACGUUAGGAUGUAUUAUAAGGUCUGUUCCCACAGAAAUCACAAACCAGUCAGAGCGAAUUUCAUUGAUUGAAAAUAGUCAGGAAACUGUUUUUUUGCAAUUUGGACAAAUCAAAAACGCUCUGACUGGUUUGUGAUUUCUGUGGAAACAGACCCUAUAUUAUCGGUCUAUAAUGUUGUACGUCUUCCGAUUCGAUCUCCAACCGUUUCUGUGAAUCCAGGCAUCUUCCUCCAAGCCCCUAUCUCUCAUUUCCUCGUCUACUCCACUUUUCAGCUUCUUCUUGGGCCGCUGCGUCUUCUUCUUCCCCCUGGCUUCCACUCAAUGAUUUGCUUGUAUAGUCUCGUAUCUGCCAUUCUUUAUACGUACAUGUCAGAACCAAACUACCAAAUCAGUUGUUUGUCUUCAACUUAUCUACCUACUAUUGUGUAGCUUUCGCUUACGUUCAUAAUUUCUCUAAUUCCCUGGUUUGUUGUCCUUUCCA